AUGGGGCUGUCGCAAUCUGAAAAAUCUAUCACUGGAAACUUUCCUUUUGAUGUAACUUUGGACUUUCCUCCAGAUGGAGACUUCUAUGUUUUCCUUCGUCAUUGUGUUUUGUUGUUGAAUAAACGUGACAUGGAGAAGUUCCUAGUCUUACUUUGGAGGAUUUGGUAUCGAAGAAAUAAGAUUAUCCAUGACAAUCGGGUUCUCAAUGAUGAAGGCAUCCUGGGUUGGUCCCUUGAUUUUUACCAGCGGUACUUUGAAGCUAAUGGGCUGCCUGUGCAUGUCGUUAAGUUGGGCAGGGGGCCAAAUUCGAUCCCGGUGACUAUUCCUUGGCGGUCUCCAGCGAUGGGCAAAGUCAAACUUAACUGCGAUGCCAGCCUUGACGUGGUGGGUAUGAAAAUCGGGUGUGGUGCUGUUGUCCAUGACUCUAGUGAUUUUUCCCUUGCGUCUACUGCUGUUCCUUUCUCUUCCUCGAUGGCUGCCCCUGUUGCUGAAGCAAUGGCAAUCCUACAGGGGCUACUUCUUUGUUAUCGGCUGGGUUACCAUCAUGUGGAGGUUGAAACGGACUGCAAGCGAGUUUGUCAAGCUCUCUCAAGUAAAACACCUUUGGUUGCAGAGUUUGGUACUGUUAUUUUGGAUUGUCUUUCUCUUUGUAAUAGCAUCGAUGUUAUUAGCUUUUCUGGAGUGCCAAUUAAUUAG